AUGAUUCUUGGAAUUGGGCUGAUGGCGGAGGAUGACUGGAAGCCGGUGGCAGUGGAGAAGCUGCGUUGCCUGUCCGGGGUGAUAACAGUGGCUACGGGAGGGAGGACAGGCAACCAGAUUAUGGAGUAUGCGUCUGCGUGGUCGCUGGCCCAGCAGUACGGUCUGCGGCUGGCUGCGCCCACAGAGAUGUUGAGGACACUUCACAGCGUCUUCCAGAAUCUCAGCGCAACGCCACUGGAGGACAUUCUGCAGCGCCCCUCUUGUAAAGCCCACCAUCUGCGCGAAACUGAGGUGUUGCGCUACGCUACAAAAGACUCCUUGCUGUAUCCCGUGUCGCGGUAUGUCCAGUGGGCGCUCAGGCACAGCCAACCAAUUAUUCUAAGGAAGUGGAUCGUGGUAACCGAGUCCAUCGCAUAUAUGUCUGGGAAGCUUCACAAGGAGUUCCGGUAUCGAAGAGAGUAUGCUGACAUGGCGGAACGCACACUGACGCGUGUGAGGCAAGCUGCCGCCCAGAAAGCGGGCUCCCAUUAUUCUAAGGUGUUAACGGUCAGCAUACAUGUUCGUCGCUCGGACUACGCUUCAUACUUGAUCCAUAGAUUCAAUGCCAAAAAUAUGGCAGAGGUGGGCUACUACCGCAGGGCGGCAAAGCGCAUGCGCGAACUGCUCGAGCCAGAGCUCGCUGCCCUCGCCUUCAUUGUGGCCAGCGACGACAGUGAAUGGUGUCAAAAUACUCUGCUUCCUGCACUCAACAGGGAUUUUCAGGAGGGGAGCCCACCCAGCAGCGCCUUCCUGACGUCUGACAACAGCAGCAGCUCGCCGGUGCACGACCUGGUCGUGCUGUCGACUGCCGACCACUCAGUGCUGAGCUACGGGACGUUCGGAACGUGGGCAGCGCUAAUGGCCGGCGGGCGCGCCAUCGUGUUCGACCUGGCUGCCGCCAACCCGCACUUACCACCGGGCACCCGCAACAGCGCCAUGAGCUUCGCGCCCCACCUGCCGUCGUGGGAGCUCCUCAUCUGA